UGAUGUGGUGCGUCCUGAGAGUCCGCAUCUUGAGGAACAGAGGAACGAGCUGAUUGUGCGCAUCAACGCUGACCACAGCCAGCUGAAAGAUAUUGAAGACCGCAUUCUUAAGCUUCUCUUUACCUCGAAGGGGAAUAUACUUGACAACGAGGCGCUAGUUCAGACUCUCCAGGAGUCAAAGGUGACUUCAGAGGCCAUAAAGCACCAUCUGGAAGAGGCAGAAGCAACUGAGCUGAUGAUAAACUCUGCGAGGGAGCGCUACAGGCCUGUGGCCACUCGAGGAUCUGUUUUGUAAUUUGUCAUUGCCGGUCUGUCGGAGAUCGAUCGUAUGUACCAGUUCUCACUCAAGUACUCUAAACAGCUCUUUAAUUCCACCAUCGAGACAUCAGAGCAGAGUACUGUGCUAGAAGAGCGCCUUCAGACCCUCCUGAAUCAAAUCUUGCUAAACUCCUACAUUAAUGUGUCACGUGGACUCUUCGAGCAACACAAGCUUAUCUACAGCUUUAUGUUGUGCGUAGAAAUCAUGAGGCAGCGUGGCGAGAUCUCUGAUGGGGAAUGGUGGCGCUUCCUAAAAGGCGCUUCUUCACUGAUAAAGGGACCAAGGAGCAGACGGCAGACCUCAUUCGACUCCGCCGUGACAAUGAGCACCUGUUCACGGGUGCGAAACACUCAGCCGCAGUGGGUUGGAGGAGUGCAAGUAUCCAGCGACGGGCGAGGGUGCAAGUGGGAAGCCCACUGCCGCAACAUGGCCAUGGAUGAGGUGCUAGGACAGAAGCCCUCCACCAGGCCACCUGUCCUAAUCUCCUCCAUCCAGGAGGAUGCACCAGGACCCAGUGCAGCAGUGGGCAACCCACUCCCACACCAGGAGGGACAGGAGGAUGAGGACCCGCCUGAGGCACGGGUGGUGAAAAGGAGGAGGGACUGGGAGGAUGAGCUCAUUGCCCUAAUAAAGGAGGACAUGGCCCAGCAACGGCAAAUGGAGGAACAAGUGAGAGAGCCCGCCGAUGGAGGACGAGUCCUCAUUCCUGCAGAAUCGAAGGAGGAUCCUGAGUGCCUCAAAAAGAAAUUCAGAGAAAUGUCCAGCCCACAAACCAACGUCAUGAUGGAAAGACACAAGUUCAACACGUGGAAUCAGAGGACGAGACUGUUGAAUCCUAUUUGUUCGCCCAGCACAUCGCACCCUUUGGCCAUGAAAGACAGGGUCAAGGCAGAGCUGGUCAGGAUGGAGAAAUUAGGCGUCAUUACUCCCGUCUCAGAGCCGACAGACUGGGUGUCUUCUAUGGUAGCCACCAACAAGAAGGGCAAAGAUGAAAUCAGGAUAUGCAUAAAUCCUCGAGAUUUAAACACUGCUCUGAAAAGACCACACCAUCCCAUGCGCACAGUAGAAGAAGUGGCUGCAAUAAUGUCAAAUGCUACUGUGUUCUCUGUUUUGGAUGCUAAGAACUCUUUUUGGCAGGUGUCAUUGGAUCAGACAUCAUCCAUGCUAGCCACCUUCAGCACUUGCUUUGGUCGUUACAGGUUCCUCAGAAUGCCUUUUGGUCUUAACGCUGCUAGCGAGGUGUUUCAGCGAGCCAUGGAGCAGAUAUUCGCUGGAUAUCCAUGUGCCAUCAUUGUUGAUGAUAUACUCAUCGGCGGAAGAACCAUGAAAGAACAUGACAACAACCUGAGAAAAGCCCUUGAUCGUGCCAGAGAAGUAAACCUGCGACUAAACCCAUUAAAGUGCAAAUUCCGGCUGAAUCAGGUCAGUUAUGUCGGACACAUUUUCACAAGCGAGGGGCUUAAAGCAGACCCUUCCAAAACAGCCGCAAUCAAAGAGAUGCCAGUUCCAACAGAUGUCCAAGCCCCGCAGAGGUUCCUGGGGAUGGUCAAUUAUCUUGGAAAAUUCAUUCCAAACUUCAGCCAUCUGUCAGCUCCUCUGCGACAGCUCACACACAAGGACAGCGAGUGGAUGUGGGACACACAGCAUCAGACUGCGUUCGAAGCACUUAAAGAGCACAUGUCUAAUCCACCUGUUCUGUCAUAUUAUGAUGUCAGCAAACCUGUGACACUAACGUGCGAUGCAUCACAGUAUGGUCUUGGUGCAGCUUGCUUACAGGAAGGGCGACCUGUGGCAUAUGCUUCACGUGCUCUGACAGACACUGAAACCAGAUAUGCUCAGAUAGAAAAGGAGCUGCUGGCUGUUGUUUUCACAAAGUUUCAUGACUACAUUUAUGGCAAGCCUGUGGUCGUAGAAACAGACCAUCAGCCACUGGUCACCAUACUAAAGAAACCUAUUCACGCUGCACCAGCCAGAUUACAGAGGAUGUUGUUAAGGCUCCAAAAAUACAACAUCACCCUCACAUAUAAAUGUGGAAAACACAUGUAUCUGGCUGACACACUGUCUUGUGCUCCCGACAGCUCCACUUUCCAGCAGCCUGAAGAAGAGGACAACUUUGAUGUCAUGACGGUGAGCUGCAUCUCUUUUUCACGCCUGGAGGAACUUAAAGGACACACAGCUGAGGAUGAGACACUGCAAGCGCUCAGCUUGUUCAUCAAACAUGGUUGGCCACAACAACUCCACAACCUUCCCACGGCGGUUCAUCCAUAUUUUCCUUUCAGGGAUGAGCUGAUUGUGGAUGAUGGCAUCAUUCUUAAAGGUUCCAAAGCCGUGAUCCCAAAAUCCCUGCAAGGAGACUACAUCACCAUCAUGCACAGAAUGCGACGAGCCUUCACAGAGAUCACCAGCAGUUUCUUUGAACACCGCAUUUUGGGACGCCAGUGGAGGAAGAUUGUCUUUGGAAUCUGCUUUUUCCAUGCAAUCAUCCAGGAGCGGAAGAAGUUUGGUCCCCUGGGCUGGAACAUCCGCUACGAAUUCAAUGACAGUGACAGAGAAUGUGCUCUGCUCAACCUCAACCUGUACUGCAAAGAUGGCACCAUCCCUUGGGAUGCUCUGGUCUACAUCACUGGUAGGAAGCAAAUAUCAACAGAAAUCCGCAGGUUGCCGACCCUCAAAGGCUUUUUUUCUCCAGAAGCUCUGCAGCCUGGCUACACCUACUCCCCCUCAGGUGUUUACUACGCUCCAGAGUCAGAUGAACUUGAACAAUAUAAGAAGUAUAUUGAGAAUCUUCCAAUCAUUGAUGAUCCUGAGAUCUUUGGUAUGCAUGAGAAUGCCAACUUGGCUUUUCAGCGUCAAGAAACUAUAACUCUGAUCAAUACCAUACUGGAUGUUAAUCCUCGUUCUUCAGCACAACAUGGAGCUAAGAGUAACGAUGACAGAGUCUUUGCCCGGUACGCUGACCCCACAUGGAUUCACCUUGCAGAGCGACUGGACAUGGAAGAAGCAACUGACACACUGUUUAUCAAAGACACCAAUGGGCACCUGAACUCCCUCACAACUGUUUUGGGCCAAGAAGCAGACCGAUUCAACAACUUGCUUAAAGUUCUCAGGAUGUCUCUUAUCACUCUGCAAAAGGCAAUAGCAGGUCUCGUUGUGAUGUCAGAGGAAAUGGACCGAAUCGACACAAGCUUUCUGAACAACCAGGUUCCCGCCCACUGGGCGAACUCUGCCUACCCUUCCCUCAAACCGCUGUCUUCUUGGGUCAGAGACUUGACUCUCAGGACUUCCUUUAUCCAGACUUGGAUCACACGUGGUCAGCCCAAAUCACUUUGGAUCUCCGGGUUCUUCUUCCCUCAAGGCUUUCUUACUGGAGUGUUGCAGAAUCAUGCCCGGCGUUACAGUCUGCCUAUUGAGGAGCUUAAUUUCCGCUUCAGCGUGGUGCCGGCGUACAGGGAUGAGGAAGCAGUCUGUGAGGCUCUACGCACUCUUCCCAUUGGUGCAAAACUGAACAUGGAUGAGGAGUUACCUGAGCCACAGGACGGUGUACUUGUUCACGGCAUGUUCAUGGAUGCCUGUCGCUGGGAUGAUGUCGGCAUGGUGAUUGAUGAUGCGCUGCCUCGGGUUAUGAACGCCAUGCUGCCGGUGGUGCACUUUGAGCCACAGCAGAACUACAUCCCAGAGCCCGACCUCUACCACGCUCCUCUGUACAAGACCUCAGCCAGAGCUGGCACUCUGUCCACCACAGGUCACUCAACUAAUUUUGUGGUGACAGUAAUGCUUCCCUCCCAGCGACACAGCGACUACUGGAUAUCCAAAGCCUCCGCACUCCUGUGCCAGUUGGAUGAUUAA